UCGGCGGGUGACGACUUGUUUUGCUGUUGGCUCUCUCUCUGAAUCCUCCUCACACGUGAGCUCGCGGCGGAAGACGGAGCAGCCUCCCCGUCGGCCUUCAGGAGGGGCUGAAGGUGACUCUCCUCUCGGCUGGGAUGCACAGGCAGCUGCUGGGGGUCCGUCCGGCCCGCUACACGGUCCUGCUCCGGGAAUAACGGCGCACCCCUGCUGGGAGGGGGGGGAGGGCUCCGAGCGCUCACCGAAACCUGCGACCCUGCUGCUGCUGGGAGAGCGGGUCAUUUUCCUGCUUUAAACAGAGGACACGAGAGAAAAGAGGACUCUCUCUCUCUCUCUGUCUGUCUGUCUGUCUGUCUCCCCCUCUCGCCCCCCUCACCCGUGUGUGUGUGUGUGUGUGUGUGUGUGUGUGUGUGUGUGUGUGUGUGUGUGUGUGUGUGUGUGGCUCGGGCUCCGGUGGUGGGUGUGCAUGCAUGUGUUCUGCACCGUACGGGCGGAAAAAGCGCCCAAGAUCUGCAGGGAUCAUUUUCCCCGUCAGUAAAGUGGCGCAGACGGAGCCGGAGCGCCGGGAGAGCACGGAGGGGGCCGUGGACGGCAGCAGGAUGACUGUCCAGGAAUUCAACACCCUCGUCGCGCUGUACCGGGAGCAGGUGAUCUCCGUCGGGGAGAUCUCAGCCGACUGUCCGUCUCUGCGGGCUCAGAUGCACCACACACGGUCCAAAGGAUGCUCCAUGGCCCGGGCUGCUCACCAGGACCUCGCCGACAUCUCUGUCUCAGGUCCAGAGGAUGGAGAGAUCCACCCUGAGAUCUGUCGGCUCUUCAUCCAGCUGCAGUGCUGCCUGGAGAUGUUCAUAACAGAGAUGCUCAAAUCCAUGUGCCUGCUGGGGGUGCUGCAGCUGCACAGAAAAAGAACGGACUCAGAGCCGAGGGUGGACUUCAGGAUGGAUGAAAGCUCAGACGCUCCCAUCCUGGAAGACCGAUCCUCGUCGCCCAUCGACUUCCUGCAGGAGCAGUGGCUGGUGGGAACCGAUAUUGAAAAUAUAGAGAGAGAUAUGCGAGAGAUGCGAAACUUACUCAGCAAACUCAGGGACACGAUGCCAUUGCCACUGAAGAACCAAGAUGACAGCAGCCUGUUGAAUCUGACUCCAGGUCCACUGGUCAGACAGAGGAAGAGACGCUUCCCCGGACUCUGCUGCAUGGUGUCCGGCUGAGAGUCUGACGGCGGCGCAGUCGGCACCCGCAGGAAAAGACUUUUAUUUGAUCACAUUUUGUGAUGUACGCUUAAAAAAGGGAAUCCUGAAUCCUCAUACAUUUUAUCCUUCAGAGUUUUUCUUUUCAUACUAUCUAAAAUUGUAAUAUUGUAGUAUAUGUUAUCAGAUCCUGUCCCGUUUGUCUUCUUCAUCUUGAUGUUCCUUUUUUUUUUUUUUUUUUUUUUUUCUAAAGCCGGUCGAUCGCUCGUUUCUUGAGAUCUGCCACUCAGCUCGCUCCGGUGUGGUCAGUUUUCUUGUGUAAAAAUUCUGGCUCGGAUGGUAUUUGGAUUUGGUUUUUGGAUCUUCAAACAUAUUUUUUUUCCAACAGUGGGGAGGGCGGUAUAUUGAACCUAGCAGUCAGAAAAGAAUAAAAUAAAA